AUGUCAAGAUUAUCCUCGCUGCUUAAACCGCGUUUGUUCUCGUCUAAGAGCGUUUCAAGCAGAGAUGAUCCGAACGAUUGGCGUUACAGGAUUAGCAAAUUAGCGUUCAAUUUGUCGCAGUUCCCCCGAUACGGUCUUUACAGCGACGAUGUUUAUAACCUGUACACCCCGUUGGUGGACGAAGCUUUACGUCGUUUACCAAAGGACGUGAUGGACGCGAGAAAUUUUCGGACCAUGCGAGCGGCUCAAUUGGACUUCCUGAAAAUGCACCUGCCCAAGGAGAAAUGGAUCACGUACGAGCAAGAUCUGGAGUACCGGUAUCUCCAGCCGUACAUACAAGAAAUCAUCGCGGAAAGACGGGAGAUUUAUGACUUCGGUUGCAGCAACUACGUCGAGAACGACUAA